CACCAGGAUUUCGCCCAUCACCAGCGACCGAGCAAUUCGACGCACUCGAGACGGUUUCGCCAGCUCAAUUCGCCCCCCGCCAUGCCUUCCCUCCUCCCUUCGUCCUGCGCCAUGCGCGGCCUCUCCAUCCGGGCCUUCUCAACCACCGCAGCGGCCCGCGCACCGCCCCGCGGCGGAGGAGAUUCUCACCACCGCCACUCGUCCAGCAGCAGCCUCCUCUCCAUCAACAACCCGGCUUCUUCGCGGACGUCGCGUUCCGGGCCGCAGUCGGCGCACAAGCCCAGCGAGGCUGCGGCAGAUUUGAUGACGAGAUAUAAGAAGGCGGGGCAGACGUCGCUGAGGAACAAGCAGGCCCAUCUCGACAUCAUGCGCAACCAGAAGAACUCGAAUGAUUACCUGAAGCAGAUGCCCCGAAGGUGGGACGCCGGUGAUGUUUACUCGCCGCAUGAUAUGAGCCCUGUGGAGAUGCAGAAGUGGAGGAAGAGGUCGCCCAGAGGUGGUGACGUUGUUGAUGCGCUGGGAAUUCGACCGUUGGACAUGUACAAGAACUUCUCCUUGAUCCAGGAAUUCACCUCCACCUCUGGCCAAAUCACCCACUCAUCCGGCACCAGCCUCCGCCCCGUCAACCAGCGCAAGAUUGCCAAGAUGAUCCGACGAGUUCAGGGCAUGGGUCUGUACCCGACGAUUCACGCCCACCCGGAGAUGAUCAGGGACAGCUUCUUCCCUGAGAGGAGAUGAGAAGUUUUGACAACAAAAAAUGGCGUAUUGUGAUUGAAUUUCUUUUUUGGUUUAGAGCUGCCUUCUAUGAAAUAUGGCGCUCACGCAAGACAAUGUUUUAGUUACAGCUAGAUAUUUCCCCCCCAAACUAUAUGUGUACAAUAGAUGCCGCCCUCAAUUACAAUGUCAUGAUCAUAUUCAUAUUUUUCUUCUUUCCAAUGUUGUACACUUUGCCUUCUUUUUUCCCUCUAAGCCUUCAUGAUGCGUUCUAUUUUGAAUUGGCACAGCGAAUACUCGUCCAUUCGCCGGCCCACCUUCAUCAGCUCUGUCCAAGCAUCUUGAUAUCGGCCCUUGGCCCACUCCUGGAAUCCUCGCUGAAGCUG